CCGCUGUCUAUAGUCACCCCUUUUCCCAUCAUUCAACUUGCCGCCACGAAUUUGAUAGAUAUCGUAAAGCGUGAGACUAUUUCUUCAACUGUUAAGAAAAUAUUCAACCUUAACUAAGUAGUUGGGCUUUGAUACUGCAAUUAAUCGAUGCGAUAAAUUGGGAACAUCAUACAGGUCUUCUCGAUGUUGGGUGAACGGAGAAUCUCAUAUAGCGGGGGCUAUCUGGUGAUAAAAGUCGUCGUUCGUUGCAAACCGGUGUUUGGGCAUUGUCUGCCUCGUCCAGGUCUGGCUACGAAGGGCUGGUCAAUUUUUAAAGAAAUGGAUAACUUUGCAUCCUUAAAUACUCAUCGUCUCGUCAGUUGGUGAUGGGUAAAAUACCCUGGAAAGGAAUUUAUACUUUCUUCAUACCUCGUUAGUUGCGCAUCUAUGCGUAACUAUGACUCGCUCCAGGACAUCCCUUUUCGGGAUUCGACCGGGCAUACGCUUGCUCUCGCGCGUUAAGAUGUGCAAGAAAAACCUCUGCCCUCCUAAUGUCCUCCUCCUUCCAGCCAGAAUCCUUUUUUUUUUCUUCUGCCAAUGGGAAGCAGAUGAAGCAAAUAUGCUUACAGAUCCACCAGCCAACGUCCCCCGCGACGUCUCCCCUGGGAAGAACAAAGGUCCUGCUAUCAUCAUUGUCGACAGCGCCGUCACCUCCCUCAGCUCAAUAUUUGUCCUCGCUAGGUUAUACGUCCGCUUCGCUAUGGCGAGGAAGUUUUACCUCGACGACUACUUGAUUACCGUUGCAUUGGUAUUAGCGUGGCUCACCGUCGGCUUUUCCAUCGCCUCCGUCUAUAAUGGGAACGGUGUACACGUAUUUCUGCUGAACGAGGACCAGAUCUCCCGCGCCAUCUUCUGGAUCAUGCUGGGCUACACGACCGGCGUGCUGGCCUUCAGCAUCCCGAAGCUUGCCAUCGUCAGCGUCCUGCAGCGGCUGAUGAACCCGUCUAAGCGGCAUCUCUGCUUCAUCUGGGUUCUCGCCAGCUCUUCGUUGAUGUUCUUUCUCAUCAGCAUUGUCAUUUCCUACGCGCAGUGCAAGCCGUCCAGAGCCCAGUGGGACCUCUCUAUCACCAAUAAGACUUGUCUCGAUCCGCUUAUUCUUAUCCAUUACUCUAUCUUUACGGGAUGCUGGUCGGGCUUUGUUGACCUGUAUCUGGCCGUCUACCCAUCCAUUGUCCUAUACUCUCUCAAAAUGCCUAUCAAGAAGAAGAUAGCACUGUCGAUUUCUCUUGGAUUCGGGUCGGUAGCCACCAUCGUGGCCAUCUACAAGAUCACACGCAUCCCCGUACUUGCCAGUCACGAUUUCACAUACGACACCGCCUACCUAACCAUCUGGACUUGCGUCGAGGGCAGCACCAUCACCAUCGCCUCGUGCAUCCCCAACCUACGGCCGCUGAUCGAGAUGAUAUUCGGCAAGCACGCCUGGGGCGUCACGCCCCACAGCCGAAGCAAAAGCUCGAACGCUGAUUCCGAGAAGGGCCUCAAGAAACGUCAGGCCAGGGAUCCGUACGACCUGGACACGCAGAAUGAGGGUUGAGAUAAUGGAUAUUGGCCUCGUUUGUUCUUUUGACUCCGGGACGGGGGAGAGAGGGUGGGGGGGGGUAGUGUGUAUG